GCCCAUAGUCAUUUCGCCUAUAGUUAAUCUUUUUCCUUUUCCAACGGAUUCUAACUGGUUUUUUCAUUUGAUCCAUGGCUCUCAAUCCUCAACUGCUUCCCCAUGGGAUGCCGGUGCCCUUUGUCAAUGAGCUAUUCGUGCUCGAUAGGGAUGGCGUGGAAUUUAAUGUCGAUAAGAUUCCUGGAACGCAUGGGGGCAACGUUAAAGUAAAGGGGACCAUUUACUUGUCGAAUAUUCGUAUCAUCUUUGUUGCUAGUAAACCUGUUGGAAACUUCGUUGCCUUUGACAUGCCUCUGCUCUACAUCCAUGGUGAGAAAUUUAACCAGCCAGUAUUUCAUUGCAACAAUAUUUCUGGUCUUGUGGAGCCUGUGGUCCCAGAUAAUGAGCAUAGGGCUCUAUACUCCACCCAUUCUUUCAAGAUUUUGUUUAAGGAAGGAGGUUGUGGUACUUUUGUUCCGCUUUUCUUCAACUUGAUCUCAUCAGUUAGACAGUAUAAUCAACAAUCAAAUAUGGCAGCAGAAACUUGUGUAGAUCCUUUACUAGCAGCUCAAACUCCAGUUGAUGAAAUGAUGAAUCAUGCAUAUGUUGAUCCAAAUGAUCCAACAAGAAUCUUCUUGCAGCAGCCCACUCCAGAUUCUCAACUCAGACGUCGCACCUACCAGUCCCGCCCAGAUGAAUCCAUCUGAUUUUAAUCUUACAGUUGCAGAAUGUUAUACCAUUUUCCAAUCAAUUAAAUCAUGUAAUUACAUUAUAUAGUUUGAGUACAUAAUAAACAUACUUACAUGGGUGUUGGAUUGCAAUAAAUAUCUGCUUUUAACUAA